AAUUAAACCAGCAUAGAUAAGUAAACCAGUUUUCGUAUCACAGAAGCAUAUAUACAAAAUAUCUCCUUAAAUCCAGUGACAAUUUUCACUCAUAGAUUAUUAUUUUUUAUUACUUUUGAUGGAAAGCUAAUUUGACUGAAUGCUGAAUGGUAUACUCCUUGAAUAACUAGAAAUGAUUUUUGAUUAACCGAUAGAAAAGAAUUCAUUAUGCGUCAGCUUCUCAUUUUGGGAGCUUCGAAACCAAAAAUAUUUAAUAAAUCUCUUAAAUCAUGUAUUCUAAAUACAAAAACAAAUUCUUUUGGAACACAAUCAACAUUUCGGGAACAAAAUGAUUUUGAACAGUUUUUUCAACAUAAUCAUAUUCCAAUAAACUGUUUUCAAAAAAUGUUAUUAACAGUUGGAUCGGCUAGUGUAGCUUUAAUAGAUCCAUACCGAGCAGAUAUGAUUGCUUGUUUGGGAGAAACUACAGGAACAUUAGCAUCAUCAUACAUGUUAUCAAAAAUGGAAAAUUCUGAGGAAGGUUCAAGAAUCCUUAAAGAAAAACCAAGAAUUAAUACAAACACAAUAGAUCUUAAUAAAUUGAGAAAGUUUCCUCAAAACACUAUAGGGAAAGUUUAUAUUGAUUUCUUAGAUAAAAAUCAUGUAACGCCUGAUUCUAGAGAUCCUGUAAAAUUCAUCGACGAUAUUCAGUUAGCUUAUGUUAUUCAAAGAUAUAGAGAAAUUCAUGAUUUUGUUCAUGCCAUACUUGGAAUGAAUACAAAUAUAUUGGGUGAAAUUACAAUAAAGUGGUUUGAAGCUGUUCAAAAUAAAUUACCAAUGUGCUAUGCUGGUGCACUAUUUGGAGCUGUAAACCUUAAAACUGUAGAUAGACAGAAUUUACUGAAAUAUUAUUUACCUUGGGCAGUGGAAACCGGAAGGAAUAGCCAAUUUCUGAUGAAUGUAUAUUUUGAAAAACGAUUAGAUCAACCAAUUGAAGAGUUACAUGAAGAACUGAAUAUAAAGCCUCUGGUAUUACCAAAAAUAAAAGAGACAUUGAAAAAAUUGUAAUAUGUUUCUAAUUUUUAGAAUAGAUUGAAGAUUUUUAAAUUUAUCCAUACUAUAUUUUUUGCAUUUAUGAGAACGAUCUAUAAUUUUUUUUGAACUUCUGUGUUUAUCAUCAUUUCUGCAAGAUUUAUUUUAUGAUAUUUUUUCUCGAUAAGAAAUAAUAUGGGUGGAUUUAAAGGAUGCAUAUAACAACCAUAAUUUCAUGUACAUAUGUGAAUAUUGAAUUAAUUGUAAUGGUUUUAGUGAAAUAUAAAGAUGUUUUCAAGUUUAAAUC